UUUUUUUGUUUUCCUCCUCCUUCCCCUCCUUCCUCCCCGUCUUCCCUCCCCUUCCCUUGCGCUGCCAGAGCCAGCGCAAACUCCCGUGCAAAGCCCAACCACCGCCGACACAGCCAGUGCGCUCUCCCGGCCGCCUGCUCGGACUGGAAAGUUGCGGCAGACUCCGGUGCUCUGCUACCGCGGGGGGAAGGCUCCGGACUUACAAAACCCAGACGGGGGCACGGGCUAGACGUUUUGCACCGUUCUUCUUCCUGCACAGACCCGAAGGCAGCAUCUUUUGUUUUGUUUUGCUUUUUGCCCUUCCUGCUACCGCUCCUUUCUCCUCGCAACCGGGUGUUUCAGGGCCGGGAGCUGCCGCAGCCUGCGGUGCUUUGCAAACGCUGAUACAAAAAGGCAGGAGACAAUCCAGGCGGCCCCGGGUGCCGGCUCGUCCUUGGCUUUGUUACCCCGGACUGAAGAAGCCCCAGAAGCAGGGAGAAGGAGGCGGAGGUGGAGGGGGAGCAGAGGAAAGGAAGCGAAAAAGCAAAGCCAAAGUUGAUUUGGAAUAAGGGAGCGCGGCCAGCCCCUCUGCCAGGCUGCGCGCUGGAGUGAGGUCUCCAGCCCCCUCCGCCGGGAGAGGUGCCCGCAAGACAGCGAUGGCCGGAGAGCUCAGCAUCGGAGCCGAGCUGCCCACUAGCCCCCUGGCCAUGGAGUAUGUCAACGACUUCGACCUGAUGAAGUUCGACGUGAAGAAGGAGCCCCUGGGCAGGAACGACCGCUCUGGCAGGCACUGCACCCGCCUGCAGCCUGCCGGCUCCGUCUCCUCCACCCCCAUCAGCACUCCCUGCAGCUCCGUGCCCUCCUCGCCCAGCUUCAGCCCCACAGAGCAGAAGACCCACUUGGAGGACCUGUACUGGAUGGCCAACAGCUACCAGCAGAUGAACCCCGAGGCACUGAACCUCACCCCAGAGGACGCUGUCGAAGCCCUCAUAGGGUCCCACCAGGUGUCCCAGCAGCUGCAAGGCUUUGAGAACUUCCGGGCCCACCACCACCAUCAUCACCACCAUCACCAGCAUCACCACCAGUAUCCCGCGGUCACUCACGAAGACCUGGCCGGCAGCGGGCACCCUCACCACCACCACCAUCAUCACCACCAGGCCUCUCCCACUCCCUCCACCUCCUCCAGCUCCUCCCAGCAGCUCCAGAACUCGCACCAGCAGCAUCCCCCCUCCAGCAGUGUGGAGGACCGUUUCUCGGAUGACCAGCUGGUCUCCAUGUCUGUGAGGGAGCUCAACAGGCACCUCCGAGGCUUCACCAAAGACGAGGUGAUCCGCCUCAAGCAGAAGAGGAGGACCUUGAAGAACAGGGGCUAUGCCCAGUCCUGCAGGUAUAAACGUGUCCAGCAGAAACACCACCUGGAGAACGAAAAGACCCAGCUCAUUCAGCAGGUGGAACAGCUCAAGCAAGAAGUGACCCGGCUGGCCAGAGAGAGAGACGCCUACAAGCUCAAGUGUGAGAAACUUGCCAGCAAUGGCUUCAGAGAGGCCGGCUCCACCAGUGACAACCCGUCUUCCCCCGAGUUCUUCAUCAUCCAGUCUUCUAGAGUAGCUGUGGGAAAAGUAGGCUGGGGGUGGGGAUGGGAGAGGUAAAGUGCAACUUUUCGACUUUCGUUUGCAAGUUAGAGAGAGGGACAGAGGCAGAGGAAAAAAGGACAAGUGAAGCGUUUUAUAGAUCGCUUGCUUGCAGAACGAGAUGGACUUUAAGAGAACAAUAAUAAUAAAAGGACAAUGAACAAGCCAUCUAUAACAUACUGCCUGCUUGGAAAGAGAGAGGACAUAUACAGCACCAUCUCAUGCACAAUUUACCUGCUUGGAGAAGGAGAAUAAAUAAAAAGGACAAUAUAUGCAAAGUCUUCAUAUAUUGCCUGCUUUGAGAAAUAAGUUACAGGACUCAGAUGGGACAUUCAAUCUCAGAAAGGAAAGAAAGAAAGAAAGAAUGAAUGAAAGAAAGGAAAAAAAAAAACUCAUCAGUUUUAUUGCCUGCUUGAUUAUAUAGAAAAAUACGAAAAUCUGCAUUAAAAAUAUUAAUCCUGCAUGCUGGACAUGUAUGGUAAUAAUUUCUAUUUUGUACCAUUUUCUUGUUUAACUAUAGCAUGUUGAUCAUCGAUCAUAGAUUUCUGUUGUUGUUUUGUUUCAUCGAUAAGAAAAGCAUCACAAGUUAUCAAACUUUUUACUGCUUGUGCAGUUUUGUUCGUUGGUUUUGCUCUCUUUAUUUUCUUUUAUGGUUGUUAGCUUGUAAAUAUCUGCUACUUCAAACCGCACAGGAGAAAAGAAAAAAAAACACAAAAACAACACACAAACAACAUUUCAGCAGGCUGGUUAUACGGUUUGUUUGGUAUUAAAGAGAUACUUAAGGAAAAAAGUUAUGGGCAUUUUGCAUUAGAAAAAAAAACAACAACAACCAACCAACAACUUUGUAUAUCUGGUGCACUUUUAAGUUGUGUUUUUUUAUUUUUUUUUAAUUUUGUUUUAGUUUUCAUUUUGGUUUUUGUUUGUUGGGGCAGAAGCAAAAACGCCUAAAUGGCGUUGACAAACCUAAAGUUAACAGGGAAAAACUCUCCUCGGUCACUAGAGCCUCCUCCAUGCUUUAAAGUGACAGUGAAGCUCUUUCCUUCAGGACAUUCCCAGCCUGGAGUGAUGAAGCUUGGCCAUACAGUUUCCCUUCUGAUUGCACACUCAGGAAGCGAGGGACGGACGAGAUACCGGUUCCUUUUAAGAAACAACUGCCCCUUGAUUUUCGGUAAAUAAAUAAUAAUAAUAAACCCCCUCUUUGUUAUGAGCCAAGUCGAGACAGCAGCGAGGGCUCCGUGUCCUCACUGCAGCUGGGUUUCUCAGUGGCAGCAGAUGAGUGGGCUGGAAAAGCAUAUAAAAUUCAACUUUUUCUUUUUCCUUUAUUUUUUUUCAUCAUUAUUAUUAUUUUAUUUUUUUCUAAAGAGACAAUACUGCAACUUUUAAGUGUAUUCUUCUGCGAUGAUUUGUAAUCUGCUUCUCUGCUUCCCUAUGCAGCAAGUGAAAGUUUUAGCCAAAAUUUAUUUGCAGUUGUAUAGUAGUAGUAGUUUGGAGUCUUAUGGGUGUUUUUAUUACUUUUUUUUUUUUUUUUUUUCUUUUUCCUCCUGCAGGUCAGUAAAAGGAUUUACGUUGCACUGACAAAAAUACCAAAAUGAAAACUUAUUUUUUAGUUUCCUUUUAGGAUAGCUGGCACUGCUGGCCGGAUGCAUUUUAAGUUUGUAUUAGUUUAUAAAUUAACAGUAAUAACAAGAUUGUAAUGAACAGCAUGGUGCUUGCAGUUUUAAAUAUGUGGAUAUUAGUCAUGCAUCAGAAAACGAUCUUUGGUUUUUACUGAUUCAACUGUGUUGAAAUCAAAACAUUGCAGCAGCGGAAAAAAAAAAAAUAAUUGUUUUUAUUUCGUGUAAAGUUCUGAAGGGAUCAAUUUCAAAUCCUGCUUAUGAUAUGAAAAAUAUUAAAAAACCUGGUCUAUUGUAGUUUUAUUCAGACUGGUUUCUGUUUUUGGUUAUUAAAAUUGUUUCCUAUUUUGCUUAUUAAAAUCAUUGAAAUGGCA